ACUGGUCUAAAACUGUCACUCUGACGCCAUUUCCAGGAGACAGUCAGGAAGGAACACAAACCCCCCCUACACCCUAAAAAGGACUUCCUGCUAAGUGUGAUGGCCUGAAGCAGGUGACUCUUUCAGCAGUGCAAUAGUAAUAUAAGACACAGAGGCUCUAACCUGAACCAUCACCAGAGACAUAAAAAGCUUUACCGAAAGCUGCGUAAUGACUUGGACAUCUUACAACAACAGGGGGAGUGGUCUUGCUGCCUCCUUGGUGUACAUAAGCCAUUCUGAUUUGCACCCUGCCUUUAUAAGAGGGGAUUCAUCACAGCCAGAGCUCAGAAAAAGACAGAGCUUACAGAGCAGAGCACAAAGUAACUGCGGGCAGGGCAUUGCUGCACAGAGCUGAGGCAGCAACAACAACACAAGCCAGCCUUCUUCUCUAGACAACAGGACCUGUGUUUGGGUUGAGCAUGGGACUGCAUGGGUCUAAACACCCUCAUCAGGCUCAGAUUGUGAUGCUGGGCCUGGACGGCUCGGGGAAGUCCACCCUGCUCUACAAGCUCAAGUACAACGAGUCUGUCAUCACCGUGCCCACCGUGGGCUUCAACGUGGAGAUGCUGGAGACGGAGGCGAGGGGUCCGGGGUUGACCGUGUGGGACGUGGGAGGCCAGCAGAGGAUGAGGCCCCACUGGAAGCACCACUACCCAGGCACGGAGGCCCUGGUGUUUGUGGUGGACAGCUGGGACCGCAGGCGUUUGGAUGAGGCAAAGAAAGAGCUCCAUCAGGUGCUGAGGAGCGGGAGUCUAAAAAGCCUUCCUCUGGUGGUGCUGGCCAAUAAGCAGGACCUCCCCGGGGCAGCAAGCCCACAGGAGAUCACCCACAGGUUGGACCUGAGGAGGGUAUGUGGAAACAGGGAUUGGUUUGUCCAGCCGUGCUCUGGGAGGACUGGUGUGGACCUGGAGGAAGGCUUCAGAAGGGUUGCCUAUAUGUUGAAGACUUCACUAAAGCAGACUAAGGCGGAUAUAAAGAACACAGUAAAACAACUGAAACCCAAAGCCAUUACGAUGAUGACCAAGACACAAGGCCUGGGCUGCAGCUAAAACCAGUGAUUAUAAAACCCUAUCGAUGGGUGUAAUAAUCUCCCUUGGAUUAUUUUGUAUUCUUCUUCUGGAUUAUUUUGAGCAGAAUAGCUGAUUUAGAAUGCCCUGUGUUGGAUCAUUCUGACACACUCAUUCUUGAAUAUGGGAACAAGACUCUCCAGAACAAACUUGAGAUCCCAACGUAUCUAACGCUGAAAGCUAUCAUUUUGCACGUUUGUUGAUUGAUGUAUCAAAAACACUUUUGAACAAUGGGAAUUUCUGCAUUUCCUUGUGAUUUUUUUAUUAUAAAUUAAAAACCACUCAUUGAUAGUGUUACUUGAAGGUGUUACUUUUCAAGGCAGAAAUAUAAACUAUUGAAUAUUUUACAUAGUCAUGACCAGAAUCAGAUGCAAUGCAUUUAGCCAGCACAGUUAUUUUGUAGACUAAUUUAUCUGGAGCAAACAAGGGGAAUAAUGCAAGUAUUCAAAUGGACUGAACAACAUCACAAAUCACAAACCCCUAAUGAGAGAGCAAUAUACAACAUUUACAGACUUCUUUAGUUUAGAAAUUACAAGUUUAGACACAGGAGUAGUAGGCUUAUACCAAAUACACUGAUUGAGAUAUCACACUGAUUGAGAGAUAUCAAAAGAGUGUGGGAUCUGUGGAUUAGAAUGAUAAACAUGUCCCAAAACAGUUCUUCCAUAAUGAAAGUAUGUCCCAUAUAUUCCAUUAAAAAGGGUAGAGUUAUAUUGGAACUGGCUUUGUAACAUCAAAUUAGAUUUUAGUUCCAUGUUCCACAUUCUAGAAUCUAAGGAAGUGUUUUUUUAUGGGACACAACAAUUUAUAGAUGAAACUGGAGAAUUUUGCACUUUAGACAACUUAGUAUUGGAAAUAUUAAGUGUUAACCAAAUGGACCUCGAGGUAUGUAUGCCUAUACACAAUGAAGCUCACUAUAAUGUACAACAUUGAAAACAACAUAUUUGAUAGUAUCUAUCUUAGUUUCGCUAAUUGUUACAUUCAUAGCUAACGUUAACGACCAACACGUUGACUUACUGUUGUAACGUUACUAGCUAUGUGCUUACAUCCUAUUCUGUUUGGGAAAUAACAAAUCUUGGCAUUGUGAACUUUCAUGUAUUAUUUAAAUAAGUUAAAUAACAGUUUUGACACUUGACUUCGGCAGUUGGUACCUAGCUACAUUUCUGAUUGUUGCCGUAGUGACUACUAUAGAUAGUUUCAGGGUCAAGAAGGCAACACAACUUGAUAUUUAUUAAUGAUGGGCAGCACCGAUAUAGAAUAAGUCUAUAUCGAUAUAAAUAUAUCAGUAUAGGACUAGUAACUGUUUAGGCCUACUAACACGUUA